AUGCAUAAACUUAUUCAAGAUUCUAAAGAUGAGCCAGCCAAGUUGGCUGCUAAACUCUAUGCGAUACUACAACAUAUGCAAUCGACCGGGAAGGAACAUUCGAUGCCAUAUCAAGUAAUAUCAAGGGCGAUGGAGACUAUGAUCAACCAACAUGGUCUUGAUAUUGAAGCAUUGCAGUCAUCACGUCUUCCUUUAAUUGGUGGUCCUCAAAUAGGAACUUCUUCACAAGUUGUGGGUGGUGGUGCAAAGGAUUCUAGAGCAGGUUUGGCUGAAAAUGAGGCUCCCAAAAUGGAACCCUUUGCUUUUGGUCGACCACCAAUUGCCCCAACUAGUGGAGCUCCUGAUUAUUAUCAAGGAACUGUAGCUCAGCGGAGUAAUCAAUCUUUUGAUCAAGGAAGUCCCUCUAGUUUGGAUUCUAGGUCUGCUAACUCACAGUCACAAGACAGACGUGAUGCUGCCAACUGGGAUAAACAGGUGAAUCAAAAGGAUGGUAAGAAAGGUGUCACAAAAAGAAAGAGGGGAGAUUCAACAUCACCUGUGGAAAUGCAUGUUGACGGUUCAUCUCCAGUGGAUCCUCGCAACACUGGUGUCACUUCAUGGAAGGGGAAAAUGAUCAAGGUCGAACCAUCAGAUAGUAUUCCAGCUAAAAGUGGUGAAAUGACCAACUUUAAUGCGGUUCCAAAUAAUAGUCAAAUGUAGAAUAUUUCGAAUUCGCCUGGUAACAUGAAUACAAUGCUCAGGACAAACCCAGAAGGUCAUCAUUUAUUGGCAAAGCAAACCGAUUUGUCAAAGAAUUGCAAUCCAAUAGUGCAGGCCCUAAAUUCAAAGUAUCCGGAAGACUUGGAAGUUCCCUCUGCACAUGUUGCUCCAGCGAAGCUGCAAGGUGCUUAUGCUGGGGUUCGUCGAGUGUUGGCAGGUCCUGCUAAUGUGUCUGUAAAGUACAAACCGGUUUUCUCAAAUUCAAUGCAAUAUGGUGGUUCUCUUGAUCGUGAUGGGGUGAGUUCAACUACUCUAGCUGAUAGACAUAAAAUAUCUCAGAUUGGCAGGCAAAAUAGUGGCUCAGAAAUGACUAUGCUUAGACAAGGUGUUCCCCCUAGAGAUACAGGAAAAUCCCCAGUUCCUACCGCAGCAACUUCAUCUGCCACGCCUUUCAAAGAAAAUUAGUUAAAACAGCUUCGAGCUCAGGUCCUUGUUUUUCAUGCAUUUAGAAAUUGUUUACCGCCAAAGAAACUACAUCUGGAAGUUGCAUUUGGAACCUUCAAUUCUAGAGAAGGAUCAGAAAGGAUAGCACCUAGGAAUGAUGAAAAGCGUGAUCAUGCCUGGGAUGGAAAUCAGCUUGCACAAGAGCAAGGUGCUUGCACUCCAAUUGCCAGCCCACGAACCAUUCCGCAUGUUCCUAUUCCUGCUGGCACCUCCACCCUUCCAUCUAAUAAUUGGCGUGUUGUGAUAGCAGUUGAUGAUUUUGGGGGUGAAUCUAGCUCUGCUUGGGAUAUGCAGUUUUCUGGUGGUGAAGUUGUAUCACAAUACAACACCCCCUCCGAUAAGGAAAAAAUUCAAAAAAUUGGCUUUGAGCAAUCUUUGGAGGCCGUCCGGACCUACACUCUGUGGACAGCUUCAAUUGCCACUGAGACUAGCAGAAUUC